CGCCCCGGGGACGAGGCCUCUCUUUCUGUCUUGGGAAGGCUCGCCAUGCAUCUCACCCAACUCAACCGUGAAUGUCUCCUCCACCUUUUCUCCUUCCUGGACAAGGACAGCCGGAAGAGUCUGUCCCUUACCUGUCGUCAGCUGCGCGAGGUGUUCCUGGACCCCCGGCUGUGGAAUCUACUCCACUUCAGCUCCCCUUGUCAGCUGAGGAGGGACAACUUUGUUCUGGGACCCUCAUUGCGCUACUUGACUGUGUGCUGGUACUCCAGCAGGGUCCUGCAAGUGUGCAACAUUGAGGACUGGCUGAAGAGCUCGUUUCAGAGGGACAUCUGCAGUAAACAUGACAGCCUGGUCAGCACUUUCCUGGCCCGUGUCCGCCACAUGUGCCCCAACCUGCUCUCGCUAACCUUGUCUGGCUGUGGACACAUCACGGACCGGGAUGUGAUCUCCACGCUGCAGAGCUGCAGGAAGCUGCGCCGCCUCCACCUGGAGAACUGCGUCCGCAUCAGCGACAGCUGCCUGGAGGGUGUGGCGGCUCAUGGAGGCAACCUGGAGGAGGUAAAGGUUGACUUCUGCAGGAACAUCACUCAGGCAGGGCUGCAGGGUGUCAGAGAGAAGAGGCCGGGCAUCCAGCUGAGUGCAGAGAGGAGCGCUGGUAUGAUCCCAGACAGCAAGCCUGAGGAGAGGGAGCCCAUGAGGAGGACCCUGCAGAAGCUCCUGCUGUUCUCCUGAUGGAAAUGCUUUCAUCCUUACACAUGCACCUCAAGGAAGAGCAUUUCUGUAACGUUUGGACUUGACUGUGAUGCUUUUUGUUUUGAUUUGUACAUUAUCUGUAUUUAUUAGAAGUGUUUGUACACACUUUCCUUUUUACACAUUUUUAUACAACACAUGUUCCUGAGUGUGAGUCUUACAAAGACGGGCACUUUAAAGCCGUCUGUUUUCCAUGUUAUCCCGACCAGGGAGAAUUCCAGAGACAGUCACGAUAAAGUCUUAGUGUGUACUCAGGUGGCCUUAUCAGUAAUUCUCAAUCAGUAAACACUGAAAUCAUGCAAUCAUACAACUCCAUCCUUUAAAGAAAAGUUAUUUCAGGAAAUAGGCUUAUUGACUGACUUUCUUGCCGAGAGUUAGAUGGGAGAAUCGAGUAAGCUUAGCUUUGCACAAAGACUGGAAACAGGGGGAAAUAGCUAGCCUGGCAAUGGCAACAAAAUCCACCUAGCAGCACCUCUGAAGCUCACUAAUUAACAUGCUAUAUGUUGUCUGUUUAAAAACUGAAGAGAAAAAAACAACCAUUUCACCUUUUAUAGGAGUUUAUACCAAAAUAUGUCGUGGUUGAGACAUAGUUUGGGGUAAAAACGGUGCAAAAUAUGCUCAACAAGAAAGCGAAUAAGCAUACUUCUCAAAAUGUCGCUCUGUUCCUGCUAAUUUGAGCGUUUAAAUAAAAUCUCUCACACGGGAGGACUCAUGCGAACCUGCACGACUCUGCAUGCUCUGUCUCUGUUACUGUACGACAUGUCAGAGCUCAGAGGAAGGGAUCUCUGAGGGUAAAGUGGGCCUGAGCUGUGAUCAGACUCACGUUAUAUAACACUGUGAGACAUAUGAAAGUAGGUUGAUCAAGGGAGUGCGUCUGUUUGUAUAUGCCAUGUGACAAACUUAACGCAGGCUGCUGCUGCAGGGUGCUCUCAGUCCAGUGGCUGCAGCUCUGAAGAAUGAAUAUAUAUUUUUACACGAGGCCAACGAGUACCAGUCAGUCCUUCCAGCACCAGCCAGAUAUUUAUUUUAUACUUUUCAGUUUACCUUUGAAAGAUCACAAUACUGUGUGUG